UCUAUUGAUUACUAGCUAGAGUGAUCAUUUUACCAUCACAGUAUUUAGGUUUUACAUUUAAUGCAUGAAUUUCUUAGCUAGAAAUUAUGAUGCAUGCAUACAUUUUGUUUUUACAGGAAAGUCUCCCAGAAACCCAAAAGCAACUGCCUUCCAGGCAGUUGAAAAAAGGAAAACCUAACAAGUAUAGCCCAGAAUUAAGGUGUUUUGCACUAACAUUGAAUUUUUAUUCAUUAUCAGCAUACAAUUAUGUUAGAAAAAUAUUUGGAAAAAAUGUUCUACCACAUCCACGGACUCAAAAUGGUAUAGGGUUGUGGAUGGUACACCUGGAUAUAGUGCUAUCAAAUUUAAGGUGGAUGUUGAUAGACAAAAGAGAAAACAGCUUGCUGGUGCCUUGAUGAUGUAUGAAAUGUAUAUUCGUCAGCAUGUACAUUGGACAGGAAGUAGAUUAGUAGGCCACAUAAAUAUUGG